AUGUCAGAACCAGGACCAGAAACCCCGACAGAUCCUUCAUCUUCUCAGCCUAAUAAAAUGCCUGGUCACGAUCACCAACACAUGCGUGUCCACCACGGCCCAAUGCCCGGUAUGAUCCCGGUGCCUAGCGGCCCCCAAGAAUACGACACCAUUGACGGCCGUUUUGUCGACGAUGAGACGUACAAUCGCUACCCUUCCGACAAGAGCGAGCGAGAGAUUUUCGCCUACCUCUUGCACCCUCGUGAUUCAUAUGACGAGGCAGGCACCUACUGGGCUGACCUGCCUAUGGGUGAGCGAACCAAAUUCAUCUGGAACCAGGAGACCAGCGAGGUCAAGCGGGAGCUCAAGGCCACCUGGUCCCUUUUCAAGCGUGAUCCCUUGGGCCCGGUUGCCUGGUACUUGCGCAAUGCCGUUCUGCCCGGUGCUGGCCUGCUGCUCGAGGGUUACGUGCUUUUCUCUAUCGGUAAUAUCAAGUCGCUGUUUGCAAACGUUUGGCCAGACUGCUGGGGCAAACACCCCACUGUCUGCAACCAGACCUGGGUCUACGCUGUCAACUACUUGGAAAUCUGCGGUAUUAUCUGCGGUCAGAUCUUGGUCGGUCUUAUUGGUGAUGGUAUUGGUCGUCGUUGGGGUCUGAUCCAAGAUGCCUCUAUUAUGUUUAUCGGUUUGGUCAUGCUCACGGCCAUGUGGGGUGUGACUCUGAACGGCUGGGUCAUCUGCUAUGCCUGGUCUUUGUUCUUCUACUCCGUCGGUGUUGGUGGUGAGUACCCAAUGACUGCUACCUCAGGCAUGGAACGCUCUAACUUCAACAAGAUUUCUAGCUCUCAGGAUCGUCUUCACCGUGGCCGCAAGGUUAUCAUGGCUUUCCUUAUGCAAGGUUGGGGCCAGCUGCUCAACCAGGUUAUCCUCAUUAUUUUGCUCAUCGUCUUCCAUCAUGGCACUGGUCACCCCGAUGCCAGCAACAAUUACGUAUACUCGAAGACCUCUGUUCAAUGGACCUUCCGCGUCUCCUUCGCCAUCCCCGCCAUUGGCACUUUGUGGCUAACUUACUUCCGUGCCUACAAGAUGCCUGCUGUUUCCUCAGAGCUCGAAGCUCAGAAGAAGAAGAGCAGUGUCACCGGCUACGAUUUCCAGUCUCUUAAAAUGGUCUUCCGUUUCUUCGGCGGCCGUGUCUUUGCCACUUGCGGUGGUUGGUUCGCUAACGAUGUCUUCUUCUACGGUAACAAGCUUUUCCAGGGAUCCUUCAUUAAAGUCAUUUCUGGCUCAGACAGUAAGAAGAACGGUGUCAUGACCGACUGGUUGUACAACUUGAUCAAUAUCGGUUGUUCCAUGGCCGGUUACUAUCUUGCAUCUUUCACCAUUGAUACCAAGUUCUACGGCCGCAACAUGAUGCAGCAGGUCGGUUUCGCUCUCUGUUUCAUUCUUUUCGUUACCCCUGCUUUCAAAUACGAACACUACACGUCCAAGGAGCACAUCCACGAGUUCCAAGCCAUGUACUUCUUGUCCUCGUUCUUCAACCAGUUUGGUCCUAACGCAGUUACUUUCUUGGUUGCCGCUGAGGUCUUCCCCACUAAUGUCCGUGCCUCUGCCCAUGGUUUCAGUGCCGCUUGGGGUAAGCUCGGCGCCCUGCUGGCCUCCAUUCUUUUCAACUACAUCACCGAUCAGACCAAGUUCUACGUCGUUCCUUGGUUCGGUUUGGCAGGCAUGAUUAUCACCCUUGUUUUCCUGCCCGAUGUUACCGGUCUCGAUCUCCGCGAGCUCGACCGCUGGUGGCUCUGCGUCCGCGAGGGACGUCCGGAGGAGUACCAUGGCGUCGCCGUCAACCCCCGUCACUUGUCUCUUUGGGAGCGCUGGACGGGUGUUGGCAAACACUACAACCCUGAGCUUGACUACAAGCAGCGCGUUGACUCGAUGCGCUCUGAUUGGGAGGCCCAGCAGCGUGCUAAGCUUUCCGAGUCAGACAAUAGCGACAACUACGAUAUCGAGAAUGACUUCAACCCGGAGGUCCACGACUACUUUGUCCGUACUUCGCCUAUGAUGGUCGCUGAGGACAAGGAAAAGGCCGAUGAUGAGCUCCAGUUACCACAGGCCGGCAAAGAAUAA